AUGGAUGCUGACGACGAAGCGUCUAUGACGUAUUUCCUACCUGAUGGUAUCGCAAACGACUCACCUCCUAAGAAAAGCCGCACUAAAGCAAGUUUUGGCCCCAUUGGCGGACGUAACAGUGCCGAAACUAUUAACCAAUCAAUAGCCACGUCUACUGGGAAUACAGCAGUGAUCAUCGCAGCUCCAGCAGCCUCGAAUUUGAUGAGUGACGUAGAUUUUAGUGGACUUUAUACUCGACCAUGUGUUACAUUGGAAACGUCACCUUUCAGCUCAAGUGAAAGCUCCAAGUCGUCUUCUAGACCCACCAACUUGUUGCAAUCAGAUUUGAGAGGAGAUAUGCACUCGCUCCGAGCUUCCCGAGACUUUGGCGACUCUGGGGGAACCAUUUCGAGCUUUAGCCCAUUUGUUAAGCCUGCGAGACUUUUUACCUCUGGAUUAAGAGAUGGAGAAGUUCUUGGAGGCACUGGAGGUAUCAGAUCUUCGGAUUCAAUGUUUGGUGGAGGACAAGAGGCUGCAAAGGACUUUUAUAAAGAGGGAGAAAGCAGGAGGAGUAUAUUAGCUACGGAGUCUUUUGGCAAGAAGACUCAGCAAUUAUAUCAUGGAGAAGAAAUGUCGUCGUACUUGCGGGCUGAAGAACGUGACAGUCCCUUCAGAUUAAGUUCAAAGAGGACGUGGCCUUCUUUGGCGACGGAAGUGUCGCAGCCUCGUCGUAUCUUACAACGUCCACCUGGAUUGCCUGAUCCUCCUGGGCUAAGUGAACCUAUUGGAAUGCAGUCUCUUACGGGUUUUGGAAGUGGAGGUAGAGACAUAAUGCAGCAGCAAGCGUCCAACACUCAGUUUCGACCUUUUAGUCGUUCAACUUUAUCGCCUUUGGGGGCAAGUAAAGGAGCUCCAAACGAAGCUUUUUCGAGCGGUAAGAACCAGUAUAAACCGAGUUCACUGUCCAGCUUGAAUUCCUCGACAGGUAUGGUUGGAGAUAGCUCAUUGCGUGACCAGACAUAUAGUCGCUUUGCGUCGGCUUCGGGUCUAACCGAGCUAAACACGCACUCGACAAAAGUUGAUGAGAUGGAGAGCAUGCGUACUCGAAAAGCAGUUAAUGCGUCGUACAAUCGGGAACCAACCACCUCGAGACGAAUUGAUGUAAAAGCGAGUUCAAAGACGCUACGGAGCCCAAAGGAGGCUCGAGGCGGAAGGAAAAGGGCUGAAGGCCGCUCAAAUAUUAGAACAAAAGCUUUGGAGUUAAGCAUAGACGCGACCAAUGUUUCUGCGCCGGGAUCACCUAUUAUACCGAAACGCUCCGAUCGUGGUUGUAAAUUGGCUUCCUCAGUAACCGCGCGCGGAAGCUCGAUUUAUGUGAAUGAAAGCAGCCGUAAUUGCGAUGAUCCAUCAGUAGCAAGAGGUAAGCGCCGGAAUCAGGUAGGCGAUAAAGGUGCAGUUUUGUCGUCAUAUGGUACUGGUGGUAACGACGGCCGUUGGAGAAAACUGGAUAACCAGAGUGAUGAACCUGGCUCUAUGGUUAGCCCUCCGCCUGGUUUGAAAGGAAGGGACGGUUCUGUGAUUUUGACUUCAAGAGAUUCUGGAAAAGCGCGACGAGAGGAUACCAAAUCUUCCAGUCGAACCGCCUCGAAGAGGAAUCCCAUGAGAGGAAAUGGUAAAGGGACAGGAACCACUCGUCGUCAAGUGUAUCGCGAAAAGCACGAUAAGGAGAGCGUAUUAGGUCAGUUUUUGUCGGAGGAGGCUGCCCCUAUUCCUGCUUCUUUAAGCAGGCAAAACAGUCAAAGAAGCAAUGAUGGCCCGAUAUCGCCUAAAACAAAUUUUCAGGAACUAGAAGAAGAUACAAGGCAAGAUGCCGAAACCAGUGCCUUCUCAAGAACAUCUGAAUCUAUCCUUGUGGUGCCAAGCUCCAUUAGCGCGAGAAUCGAUGAUGUUGACGAAACGGCCGAUAAGUCCAUGGACAAAUCUAGAGGACAGCGUGAGAUAUUAGCAAGUUGUCAUGAUGAAGUCGCAGCAAAACGUACUCACGAUGCCAGAAGCAUAUACACUGCACCACCCGAGGGUCUAUCAACUACAUAUACAUGUAGCACAAAACGUGAGCCAUCUUUGUCAAGUACUGUACCGGAAUAUGAACCGACAACGAGAAAAGAGCUCGCUGAGCAAGCGCAAGUGUCACUUGAUCAACAGCUUUUGGAGUCAAAGAAGUUGAAGAAGAAAGCUGUUGUCUCCGUCGAGCCUCCAAGCGAAAGCAUCUUAUCCGCGAAAAAAGGUGCUGGUUUCGCGCCGUGUGCAGAUGAUAAGAAAUCACAUUUGACGAAAGAACAUCGCAAGGAAAAGACCAAAAAGGAAAAGAUAGACAAGAAAAUAGCUUCUCGAGGAAGGAAAGACAAGCGAGGGGCGUCUGUGAUUUCAAAGGCAGCAGACACAGUCAAUAAUUCUGCGGCAGAGGCACAAGACAAGCAACUGAAGACCUUGGCCAUCAAAAGUACCCCACUUUCCGCACGAUUUGUCCAGGGACUACGUAAUGGAGCUUCAAUAGCCACUACAGCUGUGCUGCUAGCUUAUUCUGGAACACGACAUGGCUGUGUCUGGAUUGCUUGGCGGUUGAACAUUAAGGGCCUGCUUGCAACUGCUUUUUCAUAUGCGGAGUCAGUGUUGGCGAUGGUGUUUAGUGUGGUACUGCUAGUCUCGUUGCACAUCGCUUCUUGGCUCAUUCGUAUUCAUCGGGUUGCGUUUCGCGCGAUAUUGACUCAUCGGCACAUCGGAUUCUGUUUCACGUUUCUCUAUGGCUUCCCGUUCCUUGUCCAGUAUGUUUUCCCAUGGGCGCCUCCUUGGGCGCCGGUAUGCCUCUGGUAUGCAUUUCUUGUCCAACUAUUUUGCACGAACGGAUCCACAGCUAUGGUGACAACCUUCCGAAUUAUUUUGCCGCUGGUCUUCUUGGUCGAGGGAAUUUCUCACCACAGUUUCCUAUUGGACUUGAACGGUGCAGAACUUUUGCUUACUUCGUUUAUCAUCUCCGCACUGAAGACGAGCGACUUGUGCUCCCCACUAUUUUUUCUAUCGUUGGCGACACAGUGCUUGCUUGCUGUUUUUCUAGGUUCGAACCUUAUCGUGCAGUGGCUGCAAUUGACACUAGCACUCUACUCAUUGCAUGUCAUGGCAGCGACCGACGACGAAUGGAUCGGCAUUGACGAAGAAGAGGACGAUCUUUCUUUCCACCCACCAACUGUAGACUACAACCAUCACCCCACUCCGUCAAGCGCCGUGUCGAUCCAGAAAAACAAGAGAUUAGAUCGUCGAACUCUGGCGUAUGUACGUAAGCGCAAGUUGCGCUAA